AUGGCUGGAGCCGUGGAGCAGGAGAGUGGGCUGGUGCGCGGCAAGCUUGGCGAGGCCGGCAAGAGGAACGGCCUGAUCAACACCAGAAGCCUCGUGUCCGAGAGCAGGGAUGGCCUGGUGUCCGUGUACCCGGCGCCCCAGUACCAGAGCUGCCGGAUGGUGGGCAACGCAGCACCGGCCGUCCUGGACGGCAGCAGGAACAAGCCGGUCCAGCAGCUGCUGGACCCCAACACCCUCCAGCAGUCGGUGGAGUCCCUCUACCGGCCCAACAUCCUCCUCUACUCGGAGGGCGUGCUGCACCCCUGGGGGGACAGCAUGGCGGCCGACUGCUGUGAGACCACCUUCAUCGAGGACCGGUCGCCCGCCAAGGAGAGCCUGGAGUACCCCGACGGCAAGUUCCUCGACCUCUCGCCCGAAGACAUCAAGAUCCACACGCUCUCCUACGACGUGGAGGAGGAGGGGUUCCAGGAGCUGGAGAGCGACUACUCCAGUGACACGGAGAGCGAGGACAACUUCCUCGUGAUGCCCCCGCGGGACCACCUGGGCCUUAGCGUCUUCUCCAUGCUCUGCUGCUUCUGGCCCCUGGGCAUCGCUGCCUUCUACCUGUCCCACGAGACGAACAAAGCCGUGGCCAAGGGGGACUUUCACCAGGCCAGCACCAGCUCCCGGCGGGCCCUCUUCCUGGCCGUGCUGUCAAUCACCAUCGGGACCGGCAUCUACGUGGGCGUGGCCGUGGCCCUCAUCGCCUACCUCUCCAAGAGCAACCACCUAUGA